AUCAUCCGAGAAUCAUCUAAUAACCAUCCAAGAAUCACUUGGGAAACACCCACCAUCAAUAGCCAUGAUUGGAGAUUCGCCCAAGGCAGAGCGCGAGCCAUGCUCUCAAUCGCCUUCUCUGCUGACGGCGCUUCCCCAGGAGCUUUUGAGUUACAUCGUCGGCCAGCUAGAGAACAGCGACAUCAAGAACCUCCGUCUAUCUUGCAAGCAACUUGCCAAUGCAUCGGCCCUGCGCAUCAAACGCGUCUUCCUCUCUGCGAACCCGCUUAAUGUCAAGGUCUUCCGCGCAAUUGCCGAUCAUGAGGUUUUUCGCCACGGCGUUACCGAAAUCAUUUACGACGACGCCUGGCUCCCGCGGUCUGCUUUUGAUGCCGAAGCGGUACGACGGCCCGAAAUGUUAAUGACUAACCCUCCAGCCCCUCUUGAUCUGUGGGACUCGCAAUAUUAUAGAAGAACUGAGGGCUCAGAUGAGGAGUGGUUUCAAAGUGCGCGGCGGGAUAACCUGCGGGAGAUUGGUAUUCAUAAAAAUCACGUUAAAGGCCGAUGGGGUAGUCUUGCAAGGGCAAAAGAGGCGGAAUGUGAGAUGUCAUAUCAGGCAUCAUGGGCAUACUAUCAGAAUUUGGUCCGCCAACAGGAUGAAGUCAUUGCAUGCGGCGCUGAUAUAGAGGCUUUCAUAUAUGGUCUCCGACGAUUCCCAUCAUUACGAACCAUCACCGUCACGCCUGCCGCCCAUGGGAUGUUAUUUUGCCCCCUCUACAAGACACCAAUGAUUCGAGCCUUUCCAUUUGGCUUCAACUAUCCUCUUCCCCGCGGUUGGCCAGCACGUUAUGAGUCAGACGAUCCUUUGCAGGCGGUGCCAUGGGUCAACGAGCAUGACGAAGCUUGGGCUGCCCAAAUCAGAGAUAAUUGGCGUGGGUUUCUACUGGUUGCUCAUGCAGUCGCACAAGAGCGACAGCACCACCGUGUGUCCGAGUUUCUUAUUGAUUCCAAUCAGCUUCACACUGGGAUUGGCAGUCGCCUGUUUGAACAGCCUUGCGAAGCGUACACAGAUAUAGCAUCGAUUCUUGAGCUUCCUGGCCUCCGACGUUUUCAUCUCUCCCUUAAUGUUGAGGGACAGCAUUUUUUUCACUGGAAAGCUUUUCGAAGUGGUCUCAUGAGAGAUGCUCUUGCUAAAGCUGUGGAUUUGGAGCAAUUUGCCCUAGAGACCGAUCUGGAUCUGGAAGAGAUAGAUGAAGAAGAACCCCCCUCGUUGGACGACUUUAUCCCAAUUGAGUGUUGGCCAAAGCUGCAACACCUCAAAUUGUGGAAUUUGCAUGUCAGGAAAUCUGAUUUGCUCUCAUUUUUGGCCAAACUUCCGCAAACGCUACAAUCAAUUGAGCUCAGUGCUCUCUGUUUUUUUUAUUAUGAGGGGGGUUACGUUGAUCUGCUUCAAGAUAUGCACGACAUCCUAGGUUGGCGAGAACGGAAGAUUCAACCAAGAGUCAAGAUGGCUAUACCUCAUAAAGAUUCCUACAGAGACGGACAGACUAUCCACGUCGAUAAAGAAAUAGACGAGUUUUUAUAUGGCGAUGGCGAUAACCCCUUUGCAAGAGAAUCUCACGAUGGCGAAGUGCCUCCUCGUGGUGCGGGGGUUCUGCGUGAUGCAUUUGUUGAGGAGUUGGAGCUGCCUUGGAAACGUCUUCCAUCGCAAGUUCGUUAA